AUGCAGGCCGUGACCCUAUUCUUCUCCUGUUUUGCCCUAGCAUUGAUGAUAUUGGUAUUAGUCCAGAAGGAAUGGGUUAAGCUGGAAGGGCUAUCAUCAGGGAAAUCAAAUCUCAGCAGCCCCUGGAUUACUUGUAUCAAGACAAAUUCCACCAAGGUUAAACCAACAGAUACAAAGAAAAUCUGGAACCAGAUAGCUACAUCUAUCGCUCUUUCCACAAUCCCAUCCUUUAUCUUGGGGUUGAACUACACUUAUAUGACUCCUCGAAUCAAUGGCCACUACUUCACCUUUGCCUUUAUCAGCUUCCUCACAGCAGGUACCUGUCUCUUCACAGCAACCAUACUGUACUACCAAAAUCUGAGGAAAAGUUUCAACACACACUACCCUAAUAUCAAAGUCACCUGGAUCUUUCAUUCAACUUGUAUAACUAUCUCCUUAUAUUUAGUCUGUGGGAUCCUCUGUCUUUUGAGCCACAGAGAGUCUGACAAGAGCUCCCUAGACCUUCUCAAAGAGUUUCUCAUACAAUCUCCAUUGAGACAGCCAGAUAUUCAAAUGCACACUCAUAAAAGAAAUAUGAUGGGAAGUUUUAUUGACAAAUCCUCUAUUAAAAUCUGGAGCACACCAAGUCCUAGUGCUACAAGCAAAUUACAAACCCGAGUGUCCUGGGCCAUACAGAUUUUGGGGCAUCUAUAA